AGGCUGGAGAACUCAAGCGCAAAAAUCGUCAGUGUUGUAGCUGAAUGGUGCUGUCGUGGUUACUUCGGAACGUUGUUUGUCUCGCCGGGAUUGGCUUUGAUGGUACUUACGUAUUGUAAUUAUUAAGACUUUUUAUAUCGUGCACUAAAGAGAACUCCCUAAAGUUUGGGUUGGUUCGCACCGACGGAGUGCCAAGUGAAUCUGCCUGAAAUCUGUCCGGCUAUACUUGAGUUGAAGUUUGUCUGUACGGUGUGCGCUCAGCUGGAUUUAAAUGGAAAACAUAUCAGCGACCUUGAUGAAUAUGUAUUUCUGUACUUUAACGGAAUACUUUGCAUCGACUUUUGAACACGCACCACGGAAUAGCGAAAUACUAACGCAGAUUUAAAAGACUUCUGGAAGUAUUUUAUGGUUUUAGGAUUAACAUUCAUCAACGUGAAAUUUGAGGCUGUAAAUCCAUCAGUGUUUGACAAUGGAGGAGGAUCAAGUGUCUUCUCCCGAGGAGCCGCAGGCGGCCAGCGCCGCAUCAUCGGACAGUUUCUCCCGUCUCUGGUCGGACGUGAUGGGGAUGCUGGAUGGCUCUCUGGGUAAUGUAGAUGACCUGGCUCAAGAGUACUCCGAGUACUACAACACAUACUUCAGCGAAGUCAGCGAUCGGAUGGAGGAACUACGUAAGCGGCAAGUCUCUCAAGAUCUAGACAUGGAAAAAGCAGACACCAGCUUCAACUCAUCACAGCUAUGCUCAGACAUCCAGGAAUCAUUUGACAUCAGCAGUGAGGUGUCCACUCCAGAGACUGAGAGAAAAAUUCCUCUGCACAAAUCCAGCUCUGAAGAUGGAUCAGGAAAAUGGGACAACAAGAAGAAAAACAAAUCCUUCUGGCAGAACUUUCGAAAGUCACAGAAAGGGGUCACAAGGCAAACGUCAAAAGGAGAGGACAUUGGCUAUGUGGCCAGUGAGAUCACUAUGAGUGAUGAAGAACGGAUGCAGCUGAUGAUGAUGGUGAAAGAGAAGAUGAUCACAGUGGAGGAGGCGCUGGCACGGUUAAAGGAAUAUGAGAGGAACAGACAGUUGAGCAGCAGUACAGACACAGCAGAGUGGACUGAAGGAUCCAGUCCCACUGUUAACCUCUCCUCCGUCUGCAAUUCUGUGGAGCAGUCAGAUGAUGAGCAGGAGGACUCUGUGAAAUUCAAGAGGCUUCACAAGCUGGUCAACUCGACUCGACGUGUUCGCAAGAAGCUCAUCAAAGUGGAUGACAGCAAAAGACAUGGCUCAGAAGAUUUGCUCAGUCUGGAUGCAGCUCCCUUAUGUGAUGACAUUAACGCACUGUAUGCUGAAAUCCACAAGAAGCCGGCCCAGUGCACAGACUCCUCUUUGUCCUCUCUUGCCCAAGAGAAGCUCUCUCUGGAUGGGGACACGGACAGUCUGACCACCUCGCCCUCCACCAGUAGCCUUGAUGCCUGGAAACCUGCUCACAAGUUAGUGAAGACCCCCGGCGCACAUCCCCACGGCCUGAUCCGCCCACCGCGGAAGAGUAGUGCUGGAUCCGGACUGGGUAUAGUGGGGGGUAGUGGCUCCUCUUUCUCCGAAUUGGAGGGUUUGGAAGACGACAAUGCUAAAGACUCCCGUUCGACUACGGACGGAGAGAUGCGGAAGGCCUUGUCAUCUCUAUCACACGGGAGAAUUGCAGUAGGGUACAAUUUAGAGACAAACUGCUUGAGUUAUAUUUCAUCUCUCUCUCUCUCUCUCUCUCUCUCUCUCUCUCUCUGGCAUAAGGAGCAGGAGGCUCUGUACAGGGACGCUGUGAAAUCUCCCAGCACGUCCCGUAUCUCUCUAGGGAAGAAAGUCAAGUCUGUCAAAGAGACUAUGAGGAAACGCAUGUCCAAGAAAUAUGCUGGGUCUCUCUCUGAACAGUCCAGUACAGAUGGAAUGCCCAGUUGUCCUCAGUCUCCUCAGCCAGACACAGACUCUCUAGAGAAGCCCAAACUCAAGGCAGGAGGGUCUGUAGAGAGUCUGCGCAGCUCCCUCAGUGGGCAGAGCUCCAUGAGUGGACAGACUGUGAGCACCACAGAUUCAUCAGCCAGCAACAGAGAGAGUGUGAGGAGUGAGGACGGUGACGAUGAAGAACCUCCAUACAGAGGCCCUUUCUGCGGCAGAGCUAGAGUUCACACUGACUUCACACCGAGUCCAUAUGAUACAGACUCACUCAAACUUAAGAGAGGAGAUGUGAUUGAUAUCAUCAGUAAGCCGCCCAUGGGCACAUGGAUGGGUCUGCUCAAUAACAAGGUGGGCACGUUUAAGUUCAUCUAUGUGGAUGUCCUGGCUGAAGAAGAGGAGAAGCCUAAACGAGUGGUUCGGAGGAGGAGGAAGGGCAGGCCGCCCAAACCCAGCUCAGUCGAGGAGCUUCUGGAGAGAAUCAGCCUGAAGGAGCACAUGCCUACGUUCCUGUUUAAUGGGUAUGAAGACCUGGAUACAUUUAAGCUACUAGAGGAAGAAGAUCUGGAUGAGCUCAACAUCAAAGACCCCCAACACCGGGCCGUACUGAUGACUGCUGUAGAACUACUGCAGGAUUACGACAGUAGCAGUGAUCCGGAGUGCAGCGCCCUUUCUGGCUCUCAGGAGAAACUCCUCUGUGAGGGCCGUGGCCUCAUGGCCGACUCCCCACGGGACUCUGGUUGCUACGAAAGCAAUGAAAACCUAGAGAAUGGUAAGAGCCGCAAUGUGUCGCGCCACAGCCGUGGUUCAUCUGGAUUUGAUUGUGGGGGUGUAAAGUCUCCAGACUAUCCCACUCUUCCCAUGACUCACUCCACUGAAGUUCUUCAGCAGCAGGCCAAGAAGGAACGCAAGUUCCUGAAGACUUUUCUGCCCCGGCCCAUAAAGGGCUUCAGUCUGCGAAGCCUCGGCCUCAAGAAGGGCUCCAAAGCAGGACAGACCUCCCGCAUACUGGUCAGCCGAAGCUGUGAGGAGUUAGACGGCCCCCAGGAGACCCCUGAGUCUUGGAAGCGCUCGCAUUCUCUGGGGGAUAUACACUGGGAGCAGGCCUUCAAUCAGAGGAAGAGUGAGAGUGAGGAUAAUGGCGGGCCGGAGAGCAACAAAAAGGAAGUACAAGCCGAUCCUGUAGAAUCAAAAUUGGACCAGAUCAGUAAUAAGGCUGGAAGAGAGAUGGGCUCACUGCAGAGACCUACAGUUCCCACACAGCUUCCUCUCAGUACAGUCAGUCCAUUGCCUGCUACUCAGACAUCGCAUGGCCAACCAGUUUCUGCCACAACUAGCCCUGCUCCUCGGACUCACCCUAAAAAGCCACCCGUCCCACCUCCUGUGCCUGCUAAAAAGUCCAAAGAACGUCUGCGCCACCCUUCACUAGUGCUGUCCGGUUCAGUGCCAAAUACACCAACCCUACCCCCAAAACCCAUAUUCACCCCAACCACUCCCUCCGAGAGCUCCCCAUCAAUGCCAUUAUCACCAGGUGAAUCUCCAGCAGCUCUGAGUCCACCCUGGCUAUCUGACCUACCUGAAUCAGCAUGUCCUCAGAUCCACGGAGCUAAAGUUGCCCUCAGCAGGAAGAUCUCCCAUGCCAAAAUGACCAACCUGGAGACUCUGCUGGAGGACCGGAUGCGCUUGGAAGGCAUUGACCUCACCGAAGAGCCGUACUCUGAUAAACACGGCCGCUGUGGUAUUCCUCAGCUCUUCGUACAGAGGUACUCGGAGGACUUUCAGCAGCCAGUCAAGGAUGUGGCGUCCAGUCUGGAUCAGAUCAGAGUUAAACAACUCCGCAAGGAGCACCGCAUGGCUAUUCCCUCGGGAGGCUUGACUGACAUGUGUCGGAAGCCAGUGUCUCCUGUUCACGUGAGCACUGUGUCUGAUUGGCUCGUGUCGAUUGGAAUGCCCAUGUAUUCUGCCCCUCUAUUGGCUGCAGGCUUUGACACGCUGGAUCAUGUGUCGUCCUUAAACGAGGCGAAAGUGAGGGAAGCGGGCUUGAAGCAGGACCAUCACAUACGUAUUCUUCUCAGUGAAGCCCAGCUAGUCACAGCCAGCAACUCAGGACAGUCAUAAUACUAACACGAGCUGUUAUGAACGUGACUAAAUGGAUCAAACUUUGCUGGUGAAGGGACAGACCUGGACAACAGCUGCCGAAUUUUCUCCCACCUUUCUGUCUUAUAAUCUCAGCCUUUUGGCAAUUUCAGAAAAGACUGAUCUGGCUUCUAAGGACUGUUAUUGUAGGCCUUUCAACAGAAGUUUCCAUAGAAGCAUCUAGUUUUGGCCUGAAACAUCUGCCUGUCGAAAGCAAGCACACUUUUUUCCUGAGAAUUUAUGCUUUUUUAUGAAUUUAAAGACUGUUCUGAAUCCCUUUUUCAGGAAGUGUGAGAUUUAUUUAGGAAAAAAAACUGUAAAGGAAAAUUUUUUUAGUGCUUAUUGAAGCACUUGAGUAUCAAGAGUAUGUCACCUGGCCAAAGCAAUGUCAUUUCAUGCAGGUUCGUUAAUAUAAUAUUACUUUUUCUCUCAAAGCAUCCAUUAUGCAUAUGAAAAGAUGUGUACUGUCGGGUGAGUCAUUCCCAAAAGCAUGAUGUUUCCUUAUGGGGAUAUUCAGAGCAAUGCACAUUUUGAUUUCAGGUCAAUAGUUGGACACGGUUUUAGAAAAUGUGUACUAUGUUUGUACAAACUGUUUCAUUUGUUUGUUUCUUCAAGGUAACAUUUAAGCAUCACUCCUUAUAAUCCACUUAAUAUAACAUUGGAUAUUCACAGCAUAUUUAAUCUUCCCAGUCUUCUAAACACACAAUAUUCAACAUGCAUCACAUACUCGGCUGUUGCGGCAUAUCAAAUUGUAUUACUGUAACAGCUCUAUCAAUUUAUGUUGCCUGUUAUCUUGAAAAUUAUACUCCUGCAUAUCGUGUACCUCUUAUCGUACUCCUCUCUGAUGCAAAUGAUGCAUCACACAGCUGUAAUAUGCUUGCUGGAGUGAAAUGUGUACAGGUGUUUAUUUUUGUUUUAUUUUAUUUUUCUUUUGUCCCAGAUUGCCUUGCACUUUGACUGGGGUGUUGAAGACAUAAUCGCUCUUGAAAGCACACAGUCUUAGCCUUAAAAUACAAGUAAAUCAAAUCGAAACUGACUACUCCUCUGACUAACUUAGAGGAGUGUUCUGACAGUAGUCACAUAUACAGACUGGUGCUUUACCCAUGAGUUAAAAGUGUUCAAAAUUGGGAAGAAAGAUCCAUGAAGCAUUAUUUAUUUUGUCAUUCAGAACACAAUGCAAAUGGCAUGCGUUUGUGUGUUUCAGGGAAAAUAAAGUGUUGUGGACAACUUUUUCUUGCACACAUCUGGUGAUUCUGUCACCAAAGACAGACAGCAUCUGGCAGACUCACUCUUUAAUGAAAACUGAGUGUGAAGUACAACAUUAGCUGACGUCUGUUAGUUACGUCACUUAGGCAUUAACAUGACGUCUUCACUGCUCACAGAUUUAAAGCAUUCCAUCACUCUGAAUUAAGCACAAUGAAGCGUGUUUCUCCCACAAUCACUCUCAGGCUGGUUUUGAUUGAGCGACUGAGUUGAAAACUCAACUCCUUUCAGUACAUGUAGUUGCUUCUACAUAUCUUUUGGUUUUCCAGUUACGAAAAGACACCGCUUAUGUUUCCCCAAGGACUUGCAGUUUUAGGAAACGGUGUCUUUUUGAAAGCUUGCUUCAGAAUUGUAUUUCUUCCUCAUGCCAUUUAUUCUUUUGUAUCUUACCCAGCACAAUUUAUAGACCGUAAUGCUCAAGGAUUUAAUUAAUAUUUUAAGCAGUAGAGAAUCGAUAGAUUCCUUUGUAUCAGGAUGGAUGCUUUCAGUUGAGUGCUUUGAUAACAAUAAGGCUUUUUAUGUGAUUAAAAUCGAAACUAUAUCUCAUGAAAUGUUACUGUAAAAAUGCACUUUAUUAAAGAAUGAAAGUUCUUUUUUAAUUCCAUUGUGGAGAAAAUGAGAUUACAAAUUGACACAUUUACAGUUUUUUUAAGAAGUUUGUUUUCAGGUCAGAUGUUGAUGGUUGAGGUGGACUGUUUAAAUAUCAAAUCUCUGUUAAAAAAAAUUAUAAUCACUUGUUGAUUCAUUACAGAACUAACCAUGACCAGUUAAUUAUUUCAACUUAAAUGCUAUAAAACUGGGUCUUAAUUACAUAU